CGGAGCGUUCUACUUCUGCUACGCGCCGGCUUACCGAGUGUUUAGGUACUACUGUACGGUAGAACUGCCUUCGCUUUUUUACAGCUUUUAUUAAAUUUGUACCUCUCAGUCGGUCAACGUCAUCCGUCACCACGGAGUAUAACGCAGGUUACGCGGGGACCUCCAUAAUGUCCAACGGUUAUGAAGAUCAUAUGAAUGACGAUGACAAUGGCAGAACCAACUUGAUUGUUAACUACCUUCCUCAAAACAUGACACAGGAUGAAUUACGCAGUCUGUUCAGCAGUAUCGGUGAAGUGGAAUCUGCCAAACUUGUGCGGGAUAGACUUGCAGGACACAGCUUAGGUUAUGGGUUUGUGAAUUACUUGAAUGCAAAAGAUGCAGAAAGAGCAAUAAACACCCUCAAUGGUUUAAGACUACAGUCGAAGACUAUCAAGGUGUCCUAUGCUCGUCCAAGCUCUGAUGUUAUUAAAGAUGCAAACCUGUACAUUACCGGGCUCCCAAAGACCAUGACACAGAAAGAUGUUGAAGACUUAUUCUCUCAGUAUGGACGUAUCAUCAAUUCUCGGGUGCUUGUUGAUCAGUCUACAGAACAGAUCGAGGAGCCGGGGGAGAAAGGGAACUUUGCAGCGUCAACCCAGUAUGGAACGAAUGCAACAAACAGUGAAGAGGCGACGUUAUUGAAUACAGGUUUGUCCAGAGGAGUUGCAUUUAUUCGGUUUGACAAAAGAAGUGAAGCAGAAGAUGCAAUGAAUACGCUGAAUGGUCAUAAACCACCUGGUGCAACUGAUCCCAUCUCUGUGAAGUUUGCAGCAAAUCCAAAUCAGAACAAAAAUAUGGCGCUCCUUUCUCAGCUUUACCAUGCCCCAGGUAGACGAUUCGGAGGACCUGUUCAUCACCAGGCGCAGAGAUUUAGGUUCUCCCCCAUGGGUGUAGAUCACAUGAGUGGUAUUACUGGUAUGAAUGUCCCAGGAAAUACAUCUUCAGGCUGGUGUAUCUUCAUCUACAAUCUGGGUCAAGAUGCAGACGAGGGAAUCCUAUGGCAGAUGUUUGGCCCCUUUGGCGCAGUUACCAAUGUGAAAGUCAUUCGCGACUUUAACACCAACAAGUGUAAAGGGUUUGGUUUUGUGACCAUGACAAACUAUGAAGAGGCUGCUAUGGCCAUAGCAAGCCUCAAUGGCUAUCGCUUAGGGGACAAAGUCUUACAGGUUUCUUUCAAAACCAACAAGACCCACAAAUAACAUGCUCAACACUUUUUUUUUUUGUACAGAAUAGUAAGGUCGACAGAGAUGACAAACUUCUAGUGUAAAAUUCAUUUUGCGCCAAUUUUCACAAGUGUUUGUUGUAGUCUAUAAUGACAAGUGGAAAAUUUUUAUACUCUGGGAUGCAAUUAACAUGUUCAAAUGUUUGAGAUCCCACCCAUUAGACCAAUUUUAAUUUCAUUAAUUUCAUUUGUUAACAGGAAACUAAAGUGGAUUACAGUAAAUGUACCUUUAUAUGCGAAGGCAUAAUAAGCAUGCUCUUAAUUAGCGACUCCUGACCUUUGAAUCAGGUUGUUAGUUUCCUUGUAUUUGAACCAGAUUUUUGUUCACUGAAGGCAUCAGAAAUUUUGUUUUAGGUUUUUCUUCAUUGACUUGAGAAACCCUGGGACUCUUAAAUUUUAUAUUUAUCACUUAAUUGAUUUUUUUUAUUUUCAUUGAUUCUGUUUUGAGUUUUUGGUUUCCAUGACAGUUCAGAAGCCGGCUGUGGUCAGUCUUUUAGAGCAAAAAUGAAGUUUUAAGGAUCAACAGAAAAUGCUUCAUAAUGCGGUAUUGUCUGGCAUUGUACAGAGCAGCAUGUCAGUUUGUAACACACUGUCAAAAGGUAGGUUGUAGAUAGUGUAGACAACAUAAAUGGGGAAAGGUUUUUAAGAUUGAAGUUACUGAAACAGAUCCUGAUAGAAAAAAAUGGACCAAAGAGUUUCUGCAGAACUCCAUGAAGAUUCCAGAUUGACAAAUGCCAGGAAAGAAAAUAGGUAAUUGUGAAGAUGCUGCUCUCUGAAAAAAAUUGAACAUUUUUUGCACAGUGCACUACAUCCGUAGCUUAGUAUUCUGAUUUUAAAAUCUAUUUAAUUUUGUAUACUUUAAAGCCUUGCUGUUUAAACAUUUGAGCAUUUUUUCAUGCAUCCCUUCUAGAGAACUUGUUUUUAAUGUUUUUGUAACUCAUGUCUUGUAUGACGGCAGAGUAGAGGAGUAGUUUUCUUGCAGGUUCUGAAGGCUAAGUACACCAGAGUAAUCCCCAUAUCUCCACAGAUUGCCUUGAAAUUUUGGUUGUUAAUUUGAUUUUGCUUUUUUGUGUUUCCUUUGUUUUGUUUUUACUUUUGCAUUUAAGACUAUUAAAUUCAGUUUUGUUUUCCUCAA